AUGUUAUUCCAAAGAGGUCUUUCCACUACUGCAAGAGUCUCUGCAAGGACGAAGUUUACUAGACCUAAACCAAAGCCACCAAAGAGGCAAAAUGUCAGACCUCCAACACAAACAACCCAUCACGACAAUACAUUGAGAAUCCAAGCGCCAAUUCCACCUUCAGCAGCUAAUAUACAAUGUCCUGAUGAUCAUCCAUUGUGGCAAUUCUUUGCUGAUAAAAAAUUUAUGAGAUCUCCAGAGGAAUUAGACGUCCAUUCUAGACCAUGGAGUGUCCCCGAAUUGAGAAGGAAAUCGUUUGAAGAUUUACAUUCCCUUUGGUAUACCUGUCUAAAGGAAAGAAAUAUUCUAGCUAGAGAGAACCAUCUUCUAAGAAAUGCAGUUGGUGGUCAACAAGAAUUUUUUGAACAAGUAGCAGAAAGAGUGAGGACUACAAUGUGGAGGAUUAGACAUGUUCUUAGUGAACGUGAUUGGGCUUUCCGUAAUGCGCAAGAAGCCUUUAGCGUUGAAAAGGAAUCAUUCGUUAAGGAUUUUGAGAAAGAAUUUUUAGAACUAUCACAAGAACAAGAUGGAGAAGCCUUCGAAAGGUUAUCACGUUUCCAACACGCAAUCUUUGGUAUCAAUGAAUUUAUUGAUGAAAAUUUAGUCGACAGAAGAUUUGUGGAGGGUCUAAAAUACGUAGCGACUUUAAAAUUAAGGAAAUUUGCCUCCAGAGAUGAAGAAUUACUAAAUUUCCUUGCACAAUGUCCAGAUCAAGGGAUAUUAGAUGUUGGUGAAGCAUUUGUGCUCUUCACUAGUGAACAUAAGUUGGAAAGUGUUAAAGAGGCCUGUGAUGCAAUUAAAGAGUUAAGAGAAAGGGGAAACUACGUGCCCAGAUCAGAAGAAGUGGAUACCGUUACUCAAUAUAUUCAAAGAUUAGCACAGGCUCAAUUGGAAUCACCAGCACUUUAA